AUGGCCAUCCACUCCCAAAAUGAACCUUUGAUGUGCAAGGUUUUCCUAUCUAACCUAGGACCCGUAGCAAUGAGGUGGUUCAAUAGCUUGAAAACGAACUCCAUAGAUUCCUAUAAGCAGCUCACCCAGGCUUUUGGCUCUCGCUUCAUUACGAACAGCAGGGUUCCUCGACCUUUGAGUUCUUUGUUGUCAUUAUCCAUACAUGAGGGAGAAACUCUAAAAGCAUACUCGGAUAGAUAUUGGGAAAUAUAUAAUGAGAUGGACGACGUCUCCAUCAGCACUUUUAAAAGCGGUCUCCCAAUCAAGCACGGCUUGAGGAAAUCCUUGACUGGCAAGCCUGUCACCAGUGUAUGUCAACUUAUGGACCGGAUUGACAAAUACAAAAGAAUGGAAGAGGACCAGCUGCAAGGGAAAGGAAAUGAGAAGGUUAUCUCUUAA